AUGACGGAUGCAAAUGGCGCUCCGCGUAGGGUUUCAAUGGCCUACAUCCUAGGCUUUAGUGACAAGCCGUACAAGGAAGUAAAGCCACCCGCACCUCCGCCCCCGCCGCAAUCUAGAAAGCCCGGACAAUCUGCUACCAUAAUGUCUAGCCCUGGUCGUAUCGUAGAGUGGACCGCGAGUGACGGACGAAAAGGCAGACUCACAGGCACCGGUAAACCACGACUUACUGCAGCCAGCCUUGCGAAGGUACAUUCUGAACAACGGCCGGCAAAGGAGCUACCAGGCGCGAAGGGUACCCCAAAGAAAGCAGCUUCGACCAAGCCCGCUACCGAUGGAGAUAACCUGUGGGGCAACAAUGAUUGGGGUAACACCGAUGCAAAGAGCCAAUCGAAGAAAUCGAGCUCGAAGAAGACCUCAAGUAACAAAGGUGAUGCAUGGGUCGUGCAGGAAUCGGGCAAUGACGCAAGCGAUCCAUUUGCAGCCACCUGGAGCACUACUCCAGAUGCUACAGGCGACAACGACAACAAAGAGAAGAAAGAUGAACCCGCAGCACUUUGGGAAGCUAUGACUGUCCCGGAGAACAACACAGUCGCAGAAGAUAACGAUAAGAAGGAUGGAGAUUUAAAUGGAUGGACUAAAGAGCAAGAUGAAAAGCUCAUACUAAUGAAGACUGAGACUUCGAAGACUUGGGCUCAGAUGGGCGAAGAAAUCGGUGGUAAGACGAAGCAAGAUUGCCAGGACCGUUUCAAAGACAUCCAACCGGAGGGAUAUAAGGCCAACGAGGUCAACAAAGGGGGUGGGGGCAAGAAGGGGAAGAAGGGGAAGAACGCAGAUCAAAAUGAUGGAAAGAACAAUAAAGAUGAGAGGAAAGAGAAAGAGAAGAAGGAAGAAGCUGCAGGUGAAGUUGAAGCUUGGGAGACCCAGGGUGGAUGGGGCCCUGGCGCCACCACAAGUGGUGGAGACGGCGCGAAUGAUGCUGCUCCGGGCUGGGAUAACUUCGGUGGAAACACCUGGAAUACAGACACGAAUAACAACCAGAACAACAACAUCGGCGGCGGUAUCGGAGGCGACCAGUGGACUGCAAGCGCUCCAGCACAGAAAGCCCCUUCAAACAAAGCGCCCCCGCAAGCCCCCUCUAAGCCCAAUGCCAAUAACAAGAAGAAUAACAGCAACAACACCCACCUCAUCACCGCUCGUCCUCUCGAACUCGAAGUCAAGCCUGACGAUACUUUCUCCGCCGACGACUUACGUCUAGUCGCUCGCAUCUUACAACAAGAUUGCUCAAUGGUAUGGAAUAGGGUUAGCUGGCGAUUCAGGGACAAGACAGGUAGGACGCUUCAUCCUGAUGAGUUCGAGAAGAAGAUUACUGGGCGUCUAGAGGGCAAGGGCAGCGAGGAGGCUGAGCGGAGGCGGUAGGACUGUGACGAGGUGAUGAUGGAAGGUCACGCGUGACAUUUGUCAUGAAGCACUCCAAAGGUCAGGAGAGCAGUCGAAUGAACUCG